AUGCGCUUGAUCCGUAUCACUGCCUGGCUGUUUCGGGCUGCCGCUCGAUUUCGACGACGCCCUCCAGACACCGACGCCCUCGCGCUCACACCGCAGGAAAUCGCAGCCGCCGAAAAGUUCUGGGUGCUGCACAUUCAAAGGGCACAUUUUGCAGCUGAACUUGCCACUCUCUCUCAAGGCUCCGCGCUUCCUCGCUCACAUCCGUUCCUGCGCCUUACUCCAUUCCUCGAUCCGGAAGGCGUCCUCCGGCUUGGCGGGCGGCUUCAGAAUUCUCAGCUCGAUCCCGACGCUAAGCAUCCCAUCCUCUUGCCGCGCGAUUCGUUCCUCUCGCACCUCAUAAUCGAGGAGACUCACCUCCGCACCCUACAUGGCGGCGUUCAACUCGUCCUCGCCACUCUGAGGCGUAAAUUUUGGAUCCUCGGCGGUCGAGCUCCCAUCAGCAAGGUCAUUCGGCGUUGCGUCCGAUGUGCACGUUAUCGGACCGCCGCCGCGGAGGAACUUAUGGGUCAACUUCCUCCUUCCCGAGUUACUCCUUCACGGCCCUUUACCAAUGCCGGAGUGGACUACGCCGGACCGUUCCUGCUGAAAUCGUGGCCCGGUCGCUGUGCUCGUCGCUACAAGGCCUUCCUGGUCCUUUUUGUUUGCAUGGCCACCUCCGCCGUGCAUUUAGAGCUCGCCACCGACUAUUCAGCUGGAUUCCUGGCCACCUUCAAAAGAUUCUGCUCUCGUCGUGGGAUCUGUGCCACACUAGCAAGCGACUGUGGCACCAACCUCGUUGGGGCGGAUGCGGAAUUGCGAAGGAUGUUCUCCUCCGCCUCCAAAGAUGUGGGUGAACUGCCUAACCUCUUAGCCUCCGACGGCACUCGGUGGAUUUUCAACCCUCCCGCCGCGCCGCAUUUCGGCGGCAAGUGA